CGCGAAUCGAUUGUCAUGUUGAUGAAGAGUUUAGUUGUGCUUUGUGUUGUGGUGGACGAAGUAGAUUGUCUAUAGAAGUAUGAAUUGCAUGCGACGACAUACUACUGCAUACCAUUAUCCUCAUUCAUCAUAGCAAGUAGACAAGUAGGAGAGACAAGACAGGAAUGGUUUGAUCCAAAUAACACUUUGAUGAGUAAGUUGAGUGAGCAAAUGGACACAUUGGGGCAAAACUACUGGGUACUGCCACCAUCACCACAUCUCAUCCCCUACCUACCAACAAGAAAUACACCUGCAAAAGUCAAUCGAAUGACUUCCCCCACCAAACCAAACAACCAAGAACCUAAAAGCACAAGCAUACGCAUACACAUACACCCUGAACCAACUACCGAUAACCCUAUGACAAAGAGACUGUAUAAGUCAACCAAGAUGAAAUCGAUAAACACUGACUACUACUGACUCUCUAUCCAUUCUCAAGAAUUUGGGUAGUACUAGCUAGCACAAACACCUGC